AUGGCUGCCGUCAAGAUCCCUGCAUCCACGCCCGCCCCCGCCGAUACACCAUCCAGCACAUGGAUCGGCUAUGUGGCGAUGGUGUUGCUGGCGAUGCAGUUCGGUCUGCAGCCUAUUCUGUACAAGGAGCUCGCUGGCGAGGUCAAGAACCGCUCUGUGCUGGUGAUUGCAUGUGAACUGUGCAAGCUGCUGUUGUCGCUACUGACGCUGCUGUCCUCUGGCGCUCUGGGUCGUGUCGUCAAGACGUGGAGUCUGCACGACAGCCUCAUAGCCUCGGGACUCCCUGCCUGCACCUACGCCGUGCAGAACGUGCUCAUCCAGAUCGCGUACCAGCACUUGCCAUCCAUCGUUUUCAACCUCAUCAACCAGACGAAGCUACUGUCUGCCGCACUCUUCCUCUAUUUCCUCAUGGGUAUGCGCUUUUCGCUGCAGCAGUGCUUCGCCAUGAUGCUGUUGCUGAGCGCCGCCGUGUUACUUUCACUCGCCAAGGACGGUGGCGCUGACGACGCAGCCACCCCGGCAAUCUCCGUCGAGCUCGGUCUUGUGCCCGUGCUGCUCGCUUCGCUGCUAUCAGGACUCGGAUCGGCGCUUACACAGCGUUCCAUGCAGCAACACAAGCGGGACGCUGCCCUUGUGACGGUGGAGUUGUCCGUCUACGGCAGCCUCUUCCUGAUGAUGCCGGCUAUCUGGUCCACUAUCGUCAAGACACCUAUCUCGGAGUCGCCCGCUGCCAACGUCUUGACGAACAUCGACAAGGUCUUUAAAGGCUGCACCUAUUACACUCUCAUUCCCGUCGUGAGCAAUGCCCUGGGUGGAUUACUCGUUGAGCUACGUGUACGGUGCUGUGCUACCCAAUGA